GGCAUCCUCUCCUCUGCCAGCACUCCUCUUACAUUCCAUUGUUUUGUGUCUGACUGCAAAGUUUUGUUCUCUUUCUACACCUGUCUGUUUGGUAACAGCUUUAGCCAUGUCACAUACUGCUGUACAGGGAAGCAUGGGGAGUUGCUUUGCCACGGGAAAGAGUUCACACAAAAUAUAUCUGUUUGAGUACGAGAAUUUCCAAGGGCGAAUGAUGGAGCUAAGUGGAAAGUGUCGUAACGUCUGUGAGAAGGGGCUGAAUCGUGUGGGCUCUAUCAGAGUGGUGUGUGGGCCAUGGGUUGGUUAUGAGCAACAAAACAUGAGUGGUGAGAUGUUCGUGCUGGAGAGAGGUGAAUACCCUCGUUGGGACACUUGGUCCAACAGCUAUCGUUGUGAUCGUCUCAUGUCUGUACGGCCAGUUCAAAUGGAUCCUCAGGACCAUACGAUCUGUCUGUAUGAGUGCAUAAACUUUGAUGGCCGUAAGAUGGAGGUUUGCGAUGAGGACAUUCCAAGUUUGUGGUGUCAUGGCUUUCAGGACAGAGUCGCCAGCAUCCAAGUUAAUGGUGGAACGUGGGUUGGAUAUCAGUACCCUGGCUAUCGUGGAUACCAGUACCUGUUUGAGUGUGGACCAUAUAAGCACUGGAACGAAUGGGGUGCCAACCACCCCCAGAUCCAGUCUGUGCGUAGAGUGAGGGACAUGCAGACGCAUCACAGAGGCUGCUUUGAGAUUAUGGCAUAGGCGAUGACACAACACAGACAGGUGGACACAGCAGGGUGGAAACUCAAUGGAAUGUAAAAUCAUCUCUCACCAUAAGGAGAUCAUCAGCUGAGAUAAUCAGAACAUAAACUGUCUAUUGUGAUGAAAACAUUGCAAGCAUAAUACUAUAAUAUGUGUGAACAUUCUUACUACUGGUUGCAAACGCAUUCUACGUCCAACCCCUUAGUAAAAAUGGUUAAACCCUAAGUGCUGUAAUUGCGGAGGUGAUCAUAGUGCAGGAUAUGGAGGUUGUUUAGUGAGGAAAAAUGCAGUGAAAGUUAAAAAUGUCAGAGUGGAAGAAGGAAUAUCAUACGCUGAAGCUCUCAAGAAGGUAAAACGGACAACCAAAGUUAUAAAUGCUAAGGCAACAAUUCCACAACAAAAAGUUAAGCUGCAAGAACAAAGUAAAGAGAAAGAAGUGAUUGUAGAUAAAGUGUCAUUCAUAGCAUUCAUAGCAGAAGUGGUGAAUUGUUCUGCCCAAACUGAAAGUAGGACAGAAAGAAUUAAAAUCAUUAUCAGAGCUGCUGAAAAGUACUUGGAAUUAGAAGAUGUUAAUGUAAAUAUGAUAAACGAAAGGCUUAAGAUGCAAACAGCAAACAGUCAGACAGUAAAUAGUUAGACAGCAUGUGGUUGUUCAUAAUGGUGAUUAGAUUAUCUUGCAAUGGAACGCAAGAAGUUGAAUUGCUAAUGGACAAGAAUUCAAGAAAUUCAUAACAAACCAAGAAAAUGAUCCUGACUUUAUUUGUGUGCAAGAAACAUGGCUAAAACCACAAUUACAUUUUUUAAAGCAUGGAUUCAAUACAAUUAGAAGAGAUAGACAUAAAGGAAAUGGUGGUGGGGUAGCAACAUUUAUUAAACAAGGUAUUGGGUGUAGAAUAGUUGAGGUAAAUGGGGAACAAGAGGUACAGUGGUGGUGGAAAUUUGGGAAGGAUCACGGAGUGUUAGAAUAAUUAAUUUUUAUAAUCCAUGUGACAGGUUAAGUAAGGAUACAUUAGAAAAUAUUGGAGGGAAUGGAAAUUAUAAAGUAGUGUGGUGUGGUGUGGUGACUUUAAUGCACACAGUACAUUAUGGGGUAGUAGAAUAAAACAUCAUAACGGACAGAUAAUAGAAGACAUGCUAGAAUGGAGCGGGAUAGUAUUCAUUAAUGAUGGAAGCUAUACAAGAAUUGAUAUGGCACAGGGAAAAUAUUCACUGUUAGACUUGACACUUGUUUCUAAAAUUUUAGCAGGAAAAUGUGAUUGGAAAGUUUUAAAUCAAAGUACAAUAGGUAGUGAUCAUUUUCCUAUCAAUGGUAAAAUCGGUGUGGACAUAGCUCAAGCAGUAGUGGAAAGAUUACCAAGGUGGAAAUUUAAAACAGUCGACUGGGAUAAAUAUAAGAAAUUAUGUCAAAACAAAAUGGCAGAAAUUAGUAGUUCUAUAGAGGAUGUAGAAGUUUUUAAUUAUAAGGUAAGUGAAAUUCUUCGGAGUACAGCUGAAGAAGUAAUUGGUAAGAAGAGGACAGGAAGCAGGAGAAAGCUGUCCCAUGGUGGAAUGAGGAAUGCAAUGAGGCAAUUAAAAAAAAGAAAUAAAGCACUUAAGAGAGUAAGAAGAUCAUUCAAUUAUAAUGAUUUUAUUAAUUAUAAAAGAGCACAGGCUAUAGUGAGAAGAGUAAUAUGGACAUCUAAGAAAACAUUUUGGAGGGAAUUUUGUAAUAAUAUUGGAGAAGAAAGAUGGAAAGAUGGGUGGGAAACAAAGAAACAGUAACAUUCCUGUCUUAGUAUAUAACAAUAGAUCAGUAAUAUUAGACAGUGAAAAAGCAGAGGUGUUGGCAGAAACAUUUGCUAAUGUACAUAGUAAUUCAAAUAUAACAGAAUAAAUGAGGAGAUAUAGGGAUCUGAGCUUGAGUAAGAACAAAUUCUGGAGGAAAAAGGGCCAUCAGGAUGUACAUUAGAUUUAGAGUUUACCCUGAUUGAACUGAAGAAAGCGCUUGAUGGGGUAAAACAAACUUCUCAAGGUAGAGAUGACAUCUGUUAUGAGAUGGUAAAACACCUAUCAGAAACAUCUCUAAAUAUUAUUUUGAGUCUUUUUAAUAAGGUGUGGGAAUCAGGGAAAUUACCAGAUGACUGGAGGCGAAGCCAGGGAAGGCACAUUCGCAGCCCACUAACUACAGGCCCAAAGCAUUACGUUGAAUUUAUGCAAACUAAUGGAGCGUAUGGUCAUGAACAUAUUGAUAUAUGUUAUUGAAAAGGAAAACCUUUUCUCUGCAUUCCAAAGUGCUUUCAGAAAAGGGAGAAACACAAUGGACUCUGUUUUAUGCCUGGAAGCUGAAAUUAGAAAGGCCCAAGUAAACAAGGAAGUGUUAGUAGGAGUUUUGACGUUGAAAAAGCUUACAAUAUGAUGUGGAAAGAGGGACUUAUAAUAAAACUGGAUAGAAUGGAAUUAAAAGGUAGAAUGUAUAACUGGAUUAUGAUUUUUUUGUUUAAAUGAACAAUACAAGUGAGAGUGGGUUCUGCUUUUUCUCAGGUAUAUCAAGUAGAGAACGGAACAGCGAAGUGUUAGCAGUCCAAUUCUGUUAAACAUAAUGAUCAAUGACGUUUUUUCACAGAUAGAUUCGGGGGAUAGGGAGGUCUUUAUAUGCAGAUGACGGGACACUGUGGAAGAGAGGACGCAAUGUUGGGCAUGGGGAGAGGUGUAUUCAAACUGCUGUAAGAAAGGUAGAGAAUUGGACUUUUGAAUGGGGUUUUCAUAUUUCAGUGGCAAAAACUCAGGUGAUCUGUUUUACAAAAAGAAAAAUUAACCCAACAAUAAAUAUUAAUAUGUAUGAACAACAAUUGGAGCAAACAUCCGUAGUUAGAUUCCUGGGAAUGUGGAUGGAUUCAAAAUUGAAUUUUAAAGUGCAUAUUCAGAAAAUAAUAGACAAAUGAAAAAAAGCAAUAAAUAUAAUGAGGUGCUUGGCAGGAACUGAAUGGGGAGCAUGUCGUCAGUCUCUUAAAAGUAUAUAU